AAAUGGCGGCUCGCUCGCGGCGUUGAGAGUCUCGUUCGCUCGGGCUCUUCUCUCCCAUUUACUUGACGCGCCGGCGCCAUCCUCUCUCCCCCCCCCCACCCCCCCCAUUCGAUCGCGGCGGGGGCUGCCAGACACCAUGGACGAGCUCGCCGGAGGAAUGGGGUCGCAUAACAACUCGGGCGGCCCGCCGCUGGGUCCGGGGAGCGGGAAUAAUAACGGCGGUGGAGGAGGAGGAGGAGGUGGUGGUGGUUUAAGGCAGCCGCAGCCACAGCAGCAGCAGCCGCCGCCGCUAACGCUACAGGGACAGGAAGGCGAGCUGCAGCGGCCGCAGUACACCAUCCCCGGCAUCUUACACUAUAUCCAGCACGAGUGGGCCCGCUUCGAGAUGGAGAGAGCGCACUGGGAGGUGGAGAAGGCCGAGCUGCAGGCUCGGAUAGCAUUUUUACAAGGAGAGAGGAAAGGUCAGGAAAAUUUAAAGAAGGACCUAGUAAGAAGAAUAAAAAUGUUAGAAUAUGCUUUAAAACAAGAAAGGGCAAAAUAUCAUAAAUUAAAAUAUGGCACAGAGUUGAAUCAAGGUGACUUAAAGAUGCCAGCAUUUGAAUCAGAAGAAACCAAAGAUACAGAGGUGCCAAGCGUACCUCAGAACAGCCAGCUGACCUGGAAACAAGGCAGACAGUUACUCAGACAGUAUUUACAAGAAGUUGGUUACACAGACACAAUACUAGAUGUACGGUCCCAGAGGGUGCGGUCGUUGCUAGGGCUUUCUGGCUCUGAGCAGAAUGGAUCAGUAGAAACAAAAAAUUUGGAACAGAUUCUUAAUGGUGGAGACUCUCCAUCUAAACAAAAGGGACAAGAAGUUAAAAGGAACUCAGGAGAUAAACCAAGGGUUGCAGACGCUGAAACGUUUAAUUUCUUAGAAAAUGCAGAUGAUGACAGUGAUGAAGACGACGAAGAGGAAGGAGACAUGGUGGAGGACAUCACAGAUGGCAAAGAAAAGCACAGAAUAAACAAGAAACAUAAAGUAAAGAUUGGUAACGAGGGGCUGGCUGCUGACUUGCCUGAUGAUCCUGACACUGAAGAAGCUUUGAAAGAGUUUGAUUUCUUAGUAACAACAGAAGAUGGAGAAGGAGCUGGGGAAGCCAGAAGCUCUGGGGAUGGAACAGAAUGGGACAAAGAUGACCUGAGCCCAUCUUCGGAGCUUUGGGCUGUAGACCAGGGACUAAUAAGUAAACUGAAGGAUCAGUACACGAAGGAACGGAAGGGCAAGAAGGGGGUGAAGAGGGUAAACAGGUCAAAACUACAGGAUAUGAUUGCAGAUCUCAGAGAUGAUGAGCUGCCUCACAUCCCAUCUGGAACCAUCAAUCAGUCCAGACCAACCUCUUCCAGAAUGGCUGAUCAUGACAGCUCAAGAGCAGAAGAAGCUGAACCAUUGACGUUUCCUUCUGGAACGGGGAAAUCCUUUAUUAUGGGUUCAGAUGACGUGCUGGAAAGUGUUCUGGGCCUUGGUGACCUCGCAGACUUGACUGUGGCGAAUGAUGCAGAUUUCAGCUAUGAUUUACCAUCUAAUAAGGAUGCGUUUAGGAAGACAUGGAAUCCCAAGUACACACUUCGUAGUCACUUUGAUGGAGUUCGCUCAUUAGCUUUUCAUCCUGUGGAGCCUGUGCUGGUUACAGCCUCUGAAGACCAUACCCUAAAGCUUUGGAACUUGCAAAAAACUGUCCCUGCCAAAAAGAGUGCCUCUUUAGAUGUGGAGCCAAUUUACACAUUCAGAGCCCAUAUUGGACCUGUAUUAUCUUUGGCUGUCAGUCCUAAUGGUGAACAGUGUUUCAGUGGUGGAAUUGAUGCAACUAUACGAUGCUGGAACAUGCCUAGCCCCAAUGUUGAUCCGUAUGAUACAUACGAUCCAAAUGUUAUAUUAAACACAUUGGUGGCUCAUAAAGAUGCAGUAUGGGGUCUUUCAUUUAGUGGUAUAAAGAACAGGUUGCUAUCUUGCUCAGCAGAUGGCACUAUCAGGUUAUGGAACCCAACUGAGAAGACACCCUGCCUCAGCACUUACAAUGUAGAAAAGGAGAAUGGAAUUCCUACAUCAGUUGACUUUGUAGGUGCGGAUCCUGCCCAGGUUGUGAGCUCUUUCAAUACCGGCAACACAACAAUUUAUGACUUGGAAACAUCUCAGCCUUUGGUCAAACUAGAAUCCCAGGUGGAUGCUGCUUCUCCUUUAGCCAAUCAGAUCAAUAGGGUUGUCAGCCAUCCCACCCUGCCUGUUACCAUCACUGCUCAUGAAGACAGGCACAUUAAGUUUUUUGACAAUAAAACGGGUAAAUUGAUUCAUGCUAUGGUCGCUCACCUGGAUGCUGUAACAAGUCUGGCAGUGGAUCCGAAUGGAAUCUAUUUGAUGUCGGGAAGUCAUGACUGUUCUAUUCGCUUAUGGAACUUGGAUAGCAAGACAUGUGUUCAAGAAAUUACUGCCCAUCGGAAGAAGUGUGAUGAAUCUAUUUAUGAUGUAGCCUUUCAUCCAUCCAAGGCGUAUAUUGCUAGUGCAGGAGCAGAUGCCCUUGCUAAAGUGUUUGUGUAACAAUUGCUAAAAACGUCUGCCUCCAUAACAGCGGUGAGCUGGAAAUGAACAGGAAUCAUUUCACUGCCAUUAGUUACCCGGUUAUCGUGCGACACUAAGUACCGUAUGUUCUGCCUGAACAAUGGUCUUCAUUGUAGACCAGUAUGGGCAGGUGCUGAGUGGUCAAGUAUCAGCAAAUCCUCGAAUAAUGUCAGGCUAACUCAUUUACCUGUAAUUACUGUAAUUAAAAAAUAAACCAGUAUUUGUAGCCUUGACUGGAUUUGAACUGAGCUAAUUUACUGUUAUGUAGGUGUAUUCAAAGUCAUGUGGAAUUUAUUCUUACAGCAGUAAAUUCUUUGGGCUCUUGUGUCCUGCCUUAUGGUUAGGAUUGUGGUGCAAUGGUGGGGAGUGAGCUUUCAGAUAAACCAUAGAAUGCCAUCCUUCAAUUCCUUUAUUAGUUUUGCAGCACCAAGCAUACUUUUAAUCAACUUUCAACAUUAAAAAGAAAAUAGAAAUUAAAAUAUAUUUUAACCUUAAUUUUACAGAAUUUUUUGACAGGAUGUCUAGUUUUUAUAAGUCUUUUGUAUAUUUUUCCUGUCAGAAUAAUGCUCCAAACAGGGUUAAUACUGAAUGUUUCAUUGGCUUUAAACACAAUCAAACCACCCUCACUGACCCACUAUUAUGUAACCUCAUUCUUCCAUUCUCCAGCUUAAAUAGNAAAAAAAUCCUCAGUGAGUCCUUCCACGUGGAUGCUACUUUAACAUCAGUAAUAAAAGCUGUUAAAUGUAAUCAUUGAAAACUGUAAAAUGUGUUGAAAUGGAACACAGAGGGUUUAUUGCCCAUUAUUAACUCUUUUAAAAAAAUUAUAGCAUCCUAUCACUAUGUGAUAUUUUGUACAUCUUACUGUAUUUACAAGUUUAUUUAUCAAGGGUUAGCCAUCUUAAUGCUAUUGGCCUACUGUUAUUUAUUUCACUUUUCUGUUGGUCUUUAUAUCCUACAUGUAUUGUGUGUGUUAACAGACCCUGUAUAUCUUUGUCUAACAUGGGACUCUGGGAGAAGACUAGAGAGUUCUAAAUAUAGGCUUAAGAUGGAACAUUGUUUAUAUCACAGCCCAAGAUUUCCUGUCCGAUUUACUUGUUUUUAGGGGUUGACCCUAAUCCGUGGAACUGAAGAAUUUGUGUGAAAUCUGGAGUGAAAAAGGUUUUAUUUUGAAUUAAAAUAUAGGAUACAGAAAUAGCCAAAUCAAGAUUCAGAAAUCUGCUGUGUUUGGUCUAGCUACCCCUGCUUUACAGAAGUGCUUCACUUUAUGGUGUAACUAAAGAUUUUGUUUGUGUAAUGCAUGAUUAAUACAAUAAAGUAUUUUUUCUAGUCUUCCACGGAAAGAUUUCUGAUGAGUUUGCGAGUUCUGAUGAGUUUUGUAAGGUUUUUGUUUUAAAUACAUGAUUAAGUAAAUUUUUAAGAUUGUACCACAUAGCUAAAAUACAGCUGUUUAAAAGUAAUGUAUAUAAAAUGCAUAUAAUAAAUAUUAAAUGGUGUACCUGUAAAUUAGUGUUUGUUACAUUACUUGAGUUGUAUAGCUUCAAAAAUGCUUUCCUUAGUAUUUUGUGGAAUCCCGAGUGUCCUAAUUGUGUAAAAUAAGAUCAUGUUGAAAUGAUGUCCCUUCUUUUAUCAUCUAUCUACUUAGAAAGGGGAUUUGGAAAUAAAAAUAUAUCUUCUGGGUGUAACUGCAUUUUCA